AUGUCAACAUCGUGGUUUCAGAAAACCUUCACGCUUCCUGCCAAGUCUCGCGGCUCCUACCUCAUUACAGACCACGUUGUGUCGUCGAUACCCGAGAUCAAGGAAUAUAAAGUCGGGCUUCUGAACCUGUUUAUUCAACAUACUUCAUGUGCGCUCUCAUUGAAUGAGAACUGGGACAGUGAUGUCAGAGAAGACAUGAGCGAUGCGCUUGAUAGGAUUGCUCCAGAAGAUAGGAAAGGCAAUCUAUACAGACACUCGGCAGAAGGCUUGGAUGACAUGCCUGCACACAUUAAGUCAGCACUCAUUGGCGCAAGUGUCACAAUCCCCAUCACAGAUGGCACCUUAAACACUGGAACAUGGCAAGGUAUCUGGUAUCUGGAAUUUCGAGCAGCAAAGCAUUCGAGAAAAGUGGUAGCGACCAUUCAAGGCCAGAAACCGUGA